GAAGAGAGAAGUAAAGCAGAGCCAUGGGAAACCCUAAUACCAACACCAACUACAGGAAGAAGAGAGCACCAUCAUCUGGCGGCAGCGAUGGUGGGGAAGAUGAUCUCCACGGGGCAGCUAGAAAAGGAGAUUCACAUGCAGUUCAAUCCAUUAUUGCUUCAAAUCCUUUAACUGUUAAUUCAAGAGAUAAGCACUCUAGAACUCCUUUGCAUCUAGCUGCAUGGUCUGGGCACAAUGAGGUGGUGAGUUAUCUCUGUAAGAACAAGGCUGAUGUUCGUGCUGCUGCCAUGGACGACAUGGGAGCAAUUCACUUUGCUGCUCAAAAGGGUCAUCUAGAAGUUGUUCGGACCCUCCUCUCAUCGGGUGCUUCCGUAAAAUCUUGUAACCGAAAGGGUUUGACACCCCUGCAUUAUGCUGUUCAAGGCUCUCAUAUUGAACUUGCCAAGUAUUUAGUUAGAAAACGUUCGAGUUUGUCAACUAAGACUAAAGCAGGGAAGACUCCUCUUGAUCUGACAAACGACGAAGAGAUACGCUCAUGCCUUGUAGAGUUGGAGAAAUGCACGAAGGAAGAUAAGAAAGAAGAAACAGAUUCAAAGCCGUCAACUGAAGAAAACCCACUAGGUUCGCCGGGGAACAAUCAAAAUGUCAAAGAGGAGAACGACGAGAAAGAUCCAAAGCCAUCAACUGAAGAAAAUUCUCUGCAAACACCUAGUCCUGUUGUUGAAGAUGUAAUUAUGCAGGAUCAAAGACAAGAUAAUGAGACUGGUAAUGUAAAGAGAAAGGGUGAUGUAGUUGAGAUGACGGGAGAAGUAUCAGGACCGAAGAAGGCAAAAAUUGCACUGAAUCAUCUUCUAGGUGCUGAUGAUGACUCACAAGAAGAAGAAGAGAAAUAUUGAGUAGUCCUCAGAGGUUUGAAAAGCAGUUUUCUGAUUUAUCAUCCUUACUAAUGGCAGAGAAUUGGUUGCAUGCUGAAAUGUUAUGAUUUGCUAGGAAAUGUUACUUGUAUACUUGACAUCACUUCCGAAAUGUGAGAACUCUGCAACUUUGAUUUACUGUCAUUGUGCAUUCAGAGAAAAUUUACCAUGUAUUUUCUAUCGUAAUAGUUAUAACAGGUUUUAAGUAGAUGAUCAAUUGAAGAUAGAAUUAUUUUGUGGACUAUAUUUAGUCUUUAUCGACCCUAGCUAGACUCAGCAAAAAACCAGUGGAUGGAAAAGCUCCUGUUACCUUGAAGAUAAUGCUGAGAUUUCUCCCAUAUUAGCUUUACCAGGAGAAAAAAGUGACAGGCUAUAAGAAAUUCCAUUUUUGUUUGCGGUGAGAUGUUUAAAGACCCGCGUCUUGAUGAGUUAUCAACUGGUUUCCGUAGAACUCCCUUGCACAUAGCAGUUAUCUCUGGUGACAAAAGAUUAGCCAAAGACAUUCCAUCUUUGAGACCUGAUCUUGCAUUGGAAAAAGAUAGAAGAGGAUGGACUCCACUUCACCUUGCUUCAGCAAGAGCAAGUCUUAAGAUGGUGAAACUGUUGCUAAAGGCCGAGCCUAAUGCUUGUAUGGUUAAAGAUAAAGAUGAAAGAACACCUCUACAUCUAGCAGCAAUGAACAAUAGAGUUAAUAUCAUGGAAGUACUAAUGGCGGCGCAGCUCUACCCGAAGCAAUUUGCCUAAAGAAUAAUCAAAAUGGUGAGAGCAUACUACACUUCUCUGUUAAAAGUAAAAGUUGUAUUGAGGCUUUCGAGCUAUUGGUAGACAAAUUGGCGCUUGCACGGAUUUCAGACCCAGAUAUUAUUAUCAACUCCAAGGACUAUAAUGGCAAAACAGUCUUGCAACUUGCUGCAGAAACGGGAAAUACCGAGAUGGUGCAGUACUUAUUAGAGAGUACUAAUUUGAAACUUGAAAUAACUGAUGCCUGACUUUGAUAGAGCCUUGGAUGCUUCAACACCAGAAAAUAAAAUUGAUCUAGAAACCAGGUUUCUUAAGUAUACUGGACACGACAACAAGAAGCAUAAGAGUAAUACUUUGUCCAACAAUGCUGACAAACAUAAAGGGAUGAAGGAGAGCCUGGAGAGGGUCAAUGCAUUAAUGGUAGUGGCAACAUAAAUAGCUGGAAUCGCCUUUCAAGCAGCAAUGAACCCACCCGGGGGUGGGGUGGUGGUGGGGGUUUGGCAAGACGAUUCUAAAAUUGGCUCUGGUAUUGACCCUGUAACUUUUGCUUAUUAUCUAGAUCAUAUGUUUGACUCUGUAACUGCCGAUUUGGAUAGUUAUAUAGAAGACAACUUGCAAUAUUCUAAAGGGGGAAAUUAUUCUAACAUUAGAAAUUUAGUUGAUUCUCUUAUGAGUAUUAUUAGUUUUGAAAAUAGUACAUAUUCCGUUAUGGCAUAUAUAUAAUGGCUUUAUUCUGGAGGAUUUCUCGUUUACUGAUGCUGUUUCGAACUACAACAACAGUUUGAAUAGCAGCGUAGGUGGUUCUUUCCCAUAUUUAAUACGCUAUGCUGGAUAUCCUAUAUUGGCUUAUACAUACCCAGCCAACUAUGUGGUUUACAUGGUUACAAAUGGAGUUGCACUUUUUGUGUCUCUAACUAUAAUCUUUCUGGUGGUAUGUGGGUUUAUGAUCGAAACAACUGUCCACCAAGUUAGAUUUCUUGUUUUGUUGAUGUGCAUUUCAAUCGGAUGUAUUGCAUUCGGUUACAUGUCAAUAUUACAAUCUAUGCUGCCAGAUUUUUAUAUUGAAGCAGAUAGUACUUUUAUAAUACUCCAAGUUAUCUUCGGAGUUGGCUGCAUUUUGGGAGUUGGGCUCGUCAUUUCAACUUUGGUGCGGAAGAUAGUUAAGCUACGAAAGAGGAAAAAAACACCAGCGUAUUGGAGUUACUGAUUAUCUUGAAGCGCUCUUCUUCAGUAUGGACGCUAAGGCUGCAGGAAAACUGAUUUUAUUUAUACUUAGUUACUUUGCUUUCCGCAUUAAUGGAUAUAUGUAUUAUGAUGUUUGGUCCCAUUUUAACCCGUUCUUGUUUUAAA